UCUGGACAGGACGGUAUGUGGUGCAGGAAGGUGUGCUCCUUCCUUAACUGUAGAGGUUCCUCUCCUGACCCUAAACACCUUAUUCUCCUUCCAGCCUUUGCCUUGUGUCGUGCAUUCAACCUGGACACUGAAAAUCCAAUGACCUUCCAAGAGAACGCAAGGGGGUUUGGGCAGAGUGUGGUCCAGUUUGAGGGAUCCCGCUCCUUUCAUCCCCUUGAGAGUGACCAUGUGCAUUCUAUCUCUGCAGUCCCCAUGGAGGCUGUGAACAUGUCCUUGGGCCUCUCCCUGGCGACUGCCAUCAACCCCUCACAGUUGCUGGCCUGUGGCCCCACCGUGCACCAAACUUGCAAGGAGAACACAUAUGUGAAUGGCUUCUGCUUCCUAUUUGGAUCCAACCUACUGCGGCAGCCCCAGAGGUUUCCAGAGGCCCUCAGAGCAUGUCCUCAGCAGGAGAGCGACAUUGCCUUUUUGAUUGAUGGCUCUGGUAGCAUCAUUGAAAACGACUUUAGGAAGAUGAAGGACUUUGUGUCAACAGUGAUGGACCAAUUCAAAAAGUCUAAAACCUUGUUCUCUUUGAUGCAGUACUCAAAUGAAUUCCAGACUCAUUUUACCUUCAAUUAUUUCAAGAAAAAUCCUAACCCAAGAUUGCUGGUAAACCAAAUAAGACAACUGCAGGGGACAACAUACACUGCCACAGGAAUCCGCAAAGUAGUAAGAGAACUGUUUCAGAGUGCCAAUGGAGCCCGGGAAAAUGCUGUUAAGAUCCUAGUUGUCAUCACUGAUGGAGAAAAAUAUCAAGAUCCCCUGAAUUAUGAGGAUGUCAUCCCUGAGGCCGACAGAAAGGGGGUCAUUCGCUAUGUCAUUGGGGUAGGAAAUGUGUCUUUGGGCCUGGUGCUUUUGUUGUGGAUUUCUACUUGGACAUACCCUCCCUUCAACUUGCAAAUACUGGUGAAAUCAGUGAGGCAAGGGUUCCUGCUAACCCAGACGGACCUGUGCAUCAGUUAUCUAUUGUCACUUCCCUCAUCAAUCCUGUUCGACCUCUUUUUCCAGAAUGGUCCUUUGCUGGGCUCUGUGGGGAGCUUUGACUGGGCUGGUGGAGCUUUUUUGCAUAGGUCAAAGAAUGAAAUCACCUUCAUCAACACAACUAGGGUGGACUCAGACAUGAAUGAUGCUUACUUGGGUUAUGCAUCUGCAGUCAUCUUGAGGAACCGGGUGCAAAGCCUGGUUCUGGGUGCACCUCGAUAUCAACACAUUGGCCUGGUGGCGAUGUUCAGACAGAAUGCUGGUGCCUGGGAGACCAACACUAUUAUCAAGGGCAACCAGAUUGGCUCCUACUUUGGGGCUUCCCUCUGCUCGGUGGACAUGGACGGUGAUGGAAACACCAACCUGGUCCUCAUUGGGGCACCCCAUUUCUAUGAGCAGAUGCGAGGGGGCCAGGUGUCCGUGUGUCCCUUGCCUAAGGGGAUUUUUUACCCACAGCGGAUUACAGGCUCCCAGCUUUCCCCCCAGCUCCAGUAUUUUGGUCAGUCACUGAGUGGCGGUCAGGACCUCACAAGGGAUGGAUUGGCAGACCUGGCUGUAGGGGCCCAGGGACAUAUACUGUUGCUCAGAUCCCAGCCAGUGCUAAGAGUUGUGGUGACCAUGGAGUUCACACCCAAGGAAGUGGCAAGGGAUGUAUUUGAGUGUCAUGAACAGGUGGUGACAAGCAAGGCUGCUGGGGAGGUCAGAGUCUGCCUCCUUGUCCGAAAGAGCACACGGGAUCGGCUAAAUGACGGAGAAAUCCAGAGCACUAUCACUUAUGACCUGGCUCUGGACCCUGGCCGUCCACGCUCCCGUGCCAUUUUUGUUGAGACAAAGAACAGCACACUCAGACAGACACAGACCUUUGGCCUGAGCCAGAAAUGUGAGACCCUGAAGCUAUCAUUACCGGUUUGUGUGGAGGACUCAGUGAGCCCCAUUGCCCUGCGCCUCAACUACACUCUGGUGGGGAUGCCCUCAUCCUCUUUUGGAAACCUUCGGCCAGUUCUGGCUGUGGAUGCUCAGAGACUGUUCACAGCCUUGUUUCCCUUUGAGAAGAAUUGUGGUGAUGACAACAUUUGCCAGGAUGACCUAAGCCUCACAUUCGAUUUCAUGAACUUGGACACCUUGGUGGUGGGUGAUCCCCAGGACUUCAUUGUGACUUUGACUGUGAGAAAUGAGGGUGAGGAUUCCUAUGGGACUCAUGUCACCUUCUACCACCCAUCUGGCUUGUUCUUUCGGAAGGUGUCAGCGGCCCAGAACCAGCGCACACAGCGAUCCUGGCGUCUGUCCUGUGACUCUGGUUCUUCCACUGAAGGGCCUGUGGCUUUGAAGAGCACCAGCUGCAUCAUAAACCACCCCAUUUUCCCAGGCAACUCAGAGGUCACCUUUAAUGUCACAUUUAAUGUGGAGCCUGAUGCUUUUCUUGGAAACCAGCUACUCCUCAAGGCUAAUGUGACCAGUGAGAACAAUAUGCCCAGGACCAAUAAAACUGAGUUCCAACUGCAGCUGCCGGUGAAAUAUGCUGUCGUCACGGUAGUCACCAGUACUGAGGUUUCUACCAAAUAUCUCAACUUCACGGCCUCAGAGAAGACUAGUCAUGUUAUACAGCAUCAAUAUCAGUUCAACAACCUGGGUCAGAGGAGCCUCCCCAUCAAUGUGACCUUCUGGGUCCCUGUCCAGCUGAACCAUGUGACAGUCUGGGACCACCUUGAGGUCAUCUUCUCCCAGAAUGUCUCAAGUGCUUGCCAUACUGAUAAGAGACCCCCUACCCACUCUGACUUCCAGGCUGUACUUAAGAAGACCCCAGUGGUGAACUGCUCCAUUGCUGUCUGUCAGAUAAUCCAGUGUGAAAUCCCAUUCUUUGGCAUCCAGGAAGACUUCAACGUUGUCCUCAAAGGCAACCUCUCAUUUGACUGGUAUAUCAAGACUUCACAUAACCACCUCCUGCUUGUGAGCACAGCAGAGAUAUUGUUUAACGAUUCCAUGUUUGCUCUACUCCCUGGACAGGGGAUGUUUGUGAGGUCCCAGACAGAGACCAAAGUGGAACCAUAUGAAAUUCACAACCCUCUGCCACUCAUUGUGGGUAGCUCCAUUGGGGGCCUGGUGCUCCUGGCCCUCAUCACUGCUGGACUGUACAAGCUUGGCUUCUUCAAGCGACAGUACAAGGACAUGAUGAAUGAAACUGGUCCCCAAGAGGCACCGCCCCAAUAACAGCUCCUUCUCCAAUGCAUGGCCUCUUUGACAGCAAGCAGGACUUGAGUCAGACUAACAUGCAAGUCCCUAGGGUGCUGGACAGACAUGACCUUUAGGAAACUGGUAUAUUUAUGUCUCAUGAAGACCUGCUUGGGCUUCCAUUUGUGUGUAUGCAUAAAUUGUGUAUAUGAUUCAGGUGUUUUCAGCACCUCUUGGUCAGAAGGUAAUUGGCCGGGGGACCUGGGGUUAUGGCUCAACGGUGGAGCACUUUCCUAGCACAUGUGAGGCCCUGGAUUCAAUCCUCAGCACCACAUAAAAAUAAAUGAAAUAAAGGUAUGUGUCCAACUACAACUAAAUAAUAUUUAUAAGCCCAGCUAAUAACCUUGUUAUUAUUAUUUAAUAAUAAUAGUAAAAUAAUAAGGUAAUUGGCUGGGCUUCCUUGUGUGUGGGUAAAGAAGCUGUUGCGCCACCUUCUGAGAAAGGUGAUGGCAGCAGCCCUUGUGGGCAAAAAUAAAGGGAAAUGAAGCAGGAGCUCCACUCUUUGACAAAGGAAGUGAGACUUUCCUGCGUGGGCAAAUGAGCAGACCCCUGGAGCCUGUGAAGCCAGAACUUAAAGUACACAGAGAAGCCGUGGAAGGAACCAGGAGCUUGUGAGCUGGCAGGAUUCUGUCCAAAUCCAUUUCAUACUAGAGUCAGUGGGCCCAAUAAAGAUGUCCAACGAGGAAUGAUAACCCUCCCUUUAUUUAUUCGUUUAUUAUUUCAAAGUUACUUUUCUUUUUGAAUUGAUAAGCCUGUCCAUCAUACAAAAAUUGAAAGACAUUCAAGAGUGAAUGGUGAAAAGUCUCUCUUCCCUCCUUGGGGGGCAGUCAGGGUUAUAUUUCUUCAAAAUUCUAGGCAUGUGCAAACGCACACACAAAUACACAUACAUACAAGCCUUUUUUUUCUUUUACACAAAUGGUAGCAUACUUUGUACUGUUCUGUAUCUUACUUUUCCAUUAAUAGCUCAGAUUGUUUUAUGCCAAGAUAAAUUACUUUUUCAUUCUUUUAUACAGCUGCAGAAUGUUCUAUUGUGUGAUUGUGUAAUAAUGUAGUGAACAUUAUUAAAAUAUCCUUUGGAUAUUUUAUUUCUAACUUCUCACUAUUAUAAGCAAUGCUGAAUUAAUAAAUUGGAUGUGCCAUUUUCA